CCUAGCGCUUUUCCUUUUGCUUUCCCUUUCCCCCACUCUCCUCCCCAUAUAUAUAUGCGCUCUCAAACACCUUUCGCCCUUAAACCAAAGAAACUCUUAUCUCUUUAGUCGUCCCCUGUCUCUGUCUUUGUCUUUCUCUUAAUGGUCAUGGCUAGCCAAGAAGCAGGACAAGGGAUCAAGCUAUUUGGGACAACGAUUACGUUUCAUGGAAGACAAGUAAAAGAAGAACACAACAAAGCUGAUCAUCCAACUGUGGAUAAGAGGCCAGACAAGAUCAUACCAUGCCCUAGAUGCAAGAGCGUGGAGACCAAAUUCUGUUACUUCAAUAACUACAACGUCAACCAGCCUAGACAUUUCUGUAAAGGUUGCCAGAGGUACUGGACGGCAGGUGGGGCCCUUCGAAAUGUUCCUGUUGGGGCUGGUCGCCGGAAAGCCAAGCCACCGGAUCGUGGUCUCGGUGGGUUCCCGGAAGGGUGCUUGUAUGAUGGGUCUAGUGGGUUGCACCAGUUUGAGUUGGAGGAAAUGGUUCUGGAUGAGUGGCACGUGGCGGCAGCGAAUGGUGGUUUCCGGCAAGUUUUCCCGAUGAAGCGGAGGCGGAUAAGCUGCUCAGAAGAAAUGGAGAAUCAAUGAUUAAUCAAAUGAUCGUGCUUUGAAAUUUAAUUAUGAGAAAUGUGCUAUUCGCUUGAUUAUUGGGGUUCAUGUGGUGUGUCAGUAGGCCAAAGUCAACAUACCGAUCGAUAAGGAGCCCAUGAUCCAGUUUAAUUAAUCAAAAUUCAAGAUCACCGGUGAGUUGAUCAAGGGAUAUGGAUGCAGAAUCAUUAUCUUUGAUUAUAUAUGUGCUAUAUUGGACGGAUAAGAUAGGGCAGAGAAUAGCAAAUAUUCUUCGGACAAAGGGUUCACGUAAGCUAACGUAAAUGGAACGAAAACUGAGACUACGGAGAAAAAGCCUGGAAGAAUUCCAAUCUGAUCAAAUUAUGGGAGAUUUUGAUGUAUCCAGAAAGCAAAGAAGGAGAUCAAUGGCUUUUGAUCUUCAAUCCAGGAAAUUUAUACACUGCUACUUUCUAGGAAACAAGGGUUGUAAAAAUGAUAGUUAUAUAGUAAAUUCAACAUUUUGAUCAGUAGAAAGUAUAGUUUUCGUCUUCCUUUUCUUUUUGUUUGAGUGCUAGUUACAGUUUUCAAAGUGUUAAAGAGUCUAAUUGGAGAUAAAUCCCAUAUUGAUCACAAAUUAAAUUUGAUAUAUAUAAUUUUUUUUUUCA